UCUUCUCCACUUUGACUUACUACUCUCUCAAAUCUUCCAUUAAAUCAAUCUUUUCUUUCUAAACUUUGUCAAUUUCUUCUUCAUCUUUGCUACUCUUUCAAUUAAUUUAUUCUCUCUCACUCAUAUAUUUCAUUGCUACAUCUAUAUUUUGCUAGAUUUCUGCUCAUUUUUACAAGGUUCAAAUGGACGUAGACUAUGAAGAUAUAGAUUGUGAAGAAUUGGUUAGUUGUAAUAAUGUCGGCGAUGAAGAAGGAAAAGAGGACAUGGAUAUUUACAAAAAGAUUAAUGACCUGACAGAUGAUGAUAUAAGAGGUUUGGAAUUUGUUUCUGAGGAAAAAGCAAUAGAUUUCUAUGAAAUAUAUGCAAAAUGUCACGGGUUUGCAAUAAGAAAAGAUGAUGUAAAACGUGAUUAUGAAGGGAAUAUAAUUGUUCGUCAAUUAGUUUGUAACAGAGAGGGUAAGAGUGAUAAGAAGCGGGGACGAUGUAGAGAUCCGAGGCCAACGAUGCCAAUGGAAUGUCGUGCGAGGUUUCGAGUAGCUCUAAAUCUUGCGACUGAAAAGUGGAGAGUUUCUGUAUUUGAGCCCUCUCAUAACCAUGAGUUAACUCCAACACAUUAUGUUCAUCUGAUUCCUAAGUAUCGUCGAUUGAGUGAAUCAGAUAAAGCUCUUGUUGAUGGUCUGCAUACACAAGGUGUUAGAACAUGUCAUAUUUUAGGUUUUAUGAUGGCUCAAAAAGGUGGUCAUAAAGGUCUGGGAUUUUGUAAAAAGGACUUAUAUAACUACUUAAAUAAUGAAGCAAUGGCAAGAAUAGAAGGAGGGGAUGCUUUUGCUGCUUUGAGUUAUUUACAGGCUAAAGCUGAUAAUGAUCCAAUGUUCUUUUCGAAGUUUACCACAACAGAUGAAGGACGUUUAGAAAACUUAUUUUGGUCAGAUUCAGCUAGUCGGAUUGACUAUGAAUGUUUUGGUGAUGUGAUUUCUUUUGACGCAACUUAUAAGAAGAACAGGUAUAACAAGCCUGUUGUUGUUUUUUCUGGAUUCAACCAUCAUGGAGAAACUACAAUAUUUGGUUGUGCUUUGGUUUCUGAUGAAAAAGCUGAGACAUUCAAGUGGAUUUUAAAUACUUUUUUGGAAGCAAUGUAUCAUAAACAUCCUAAAGGAGUGGUUACAGAUGGAGAUCUUGCAAUGAGAGAAGCUAUCCGAGAUGUAUUUCCAAACUCGUUGCAUCGUCUUUGUUCAUGGCAUUUACAUAGAAAUGCUGUUGAGAAUGUGAAGAAUCCAAAAUUCUUGGAAGAUUUUAAGUCAUUGAUUUAUGCUGCUUACACUGUAGACGAGUUUGAAAAUGAGUGGAAGAGGGUAGUUGAUGAUUAUGGUUUAUCAAACAACAAAUGGGUUAAGAAAACAUAUGAGAUGAAGAGAAUAUGGGCUAGUGCAUACAUGCGAGAUAAAUUUUUUUGUGGUAUAAGAACUACAUCAAUCUCUGAAGCCGUCAACUCUUUUAUCAAGAUGUAUGUUCAGAAUAAAAGCAGUCUUGUUGAUUUCAUGCACGGUUUCGAAAGAGCUGUAAAAGAAUACAGGAAUAAUGAGUUAAUAUCUAAUUUUAAAACGUUCUAUUAUGAUCCCGUGUUAACAACUAAAUUGGAAGGGUUGGAGCUUGAAGCUGCAAAGAUUUUUACUAGGAAAAAAUUUAAGGAAGUUCAAGAUGAAAUAGAAGAUGCGAUCAAGGUAAAUGUUAUCGAACGGUCUGAGCUCGAAAAUGUUGUGAAUUUUAAGAUGAAUAUGUUUUGCAACAAAAAUUAUACAUAUCUAGUUCAUCUUGAUAGGGCACAGAGUAAAUUUUUAUGUGAUUGUAAUUUGUUUGAACGGGUAGGAAUUCCAUGUUCUCACAUCAUUUGUGCCAUGAGGCACGAGCACAUGAACAUAUUUCCAAAUAGUUUGAUUUGUAAAAGGUGGACCAAAACAGCAAAAGAUGAUUACAUAUCGUCAAUGUCUUCUGAAGAAUGUGAUGAUGAGAAAAUGGUCAUGCUCCGUCGAGGGACUAUGUCUUCUGCGUUCAAUAGUUUGUGUGAUAUUUCUUGUAAACAUCCGGAUGAUUUUAAAGAGGCUAUGAAGGGGAUUUAUGGUUUGUGUGAGAAAAUAAAGAGACGUCGUGAUGAAAAUGGAAAUCAUAAGACUAAAGGUGCUCCUCGUAAGAGCAAAGGCAUUCCUCGCAAGACUAAAGGUGCUUCUCGUAAGACAAAGGGUGUCCCUCGUAAUACCAGUCACACAAAGCAUAAAUAUCAAGAUAUAGGUGAACAUGAUGCUCUACAUGAAGUUGACAAAGGAUCUGUUGCAAUAUCAAAUGUAGGGGGUGAGGGUGUUGAUAAGAAUUCUGGUAGUCAGCAGAAGAAAAAGGAUGUUGAUGUUGCUUGUUCAAUGAAAGAAUUUAUCAAUAAAAGAACAUCAAAACAUAUUGAAAAUGAAGACAUUGGCCGAUCAAACGAGAACAUGUCAAACAUACCUACAACUUUGGAAAAUAAUGUUCACGGGUGCGGUCUUAUAUAUGGUAUACCCUCUGUUAAAAUAGAAGGUCAAAAUGUAACACGGAACCAUAGUUUAGGAUAUGCUCCUAAUUAUACUCUUGGUUCUAACGGUAUUCCAGUUCAAAGUAUUCCAGUACCUACUCAAUUUCCACCAACAGUUAACUUCUCAUCAUCACACUUGAAUGCUCUUAUGUAUCCUAGACCACACAUUUUUCCUCAUAAUACAUCGUUUUUAGGUGUGCUGGAACAGGUUGAGAGUUCGGCAAAAAUGGCUUGCAAGAAAAAUGAUCCAUAUAAAUGAAAAGAGAUAUAUAGAUUGGAAAAAAAUGGAAUUUUUCUGUCAAUUAUUUGCAUCAGGAGGUCUGAUAUACCAUAGAGAUAUAUGUUGUUGAUUACUUGCUAGACAUUACAAAAAAAAAUGAGGCUGCUCUACAAAGAAGCAUCUAGUGAGGGUGUGAUGAAUGUCUUGUAUUAGGCUGUGUUGUUGAUUUCUUGUAAUAGACAUUACCAAAAAAUAUUUUAU